AUGGAUUUCUCGGUCAAUAUGGUGUUUCACAAUCGAAGGAUUCUUGAACUUAGGGGAUCUGAAGGAUUAGAAACGAUAAUAGGGAAGGGGAGGCCAACAGGUUCUAAUUUACUCUUUGAAGAUGACGAUUUAUUUGAACAACAUGCAAAACUUGUUGUUAAAAGACUCUUUCCGGCUGAUGCUGAUACCUCUGUACCACCAAAUUUUGAUUCUUUCCGGGUUUAUGUAGAGUCAUUAGGUGAUGCUGACCGUAUUGUAGAUCUAGAAUCUGCAGAUUGUAACAAGGAUGCAAGGAUCAUUGAUUUAAAAGACGGUGACCGCUUUGGUUUAAUGAGGUUGAAUGAGCCUGUUGUUGAGGGUCAACAACGGCCUGCCAAACUUAAGCUUUUGUUAAAUCUUGACAUGGGCUCUGAGCCGGAUUUGUAUAGAUUAACAUUGACUGACGUGACCUACGAGAGUUCUCCUUGUGCAUCGAGAUCCAGCAACUUUCUGGACUCUUUCGUCAAGGAAGAGACAGAAGAAUCAGAUAUGGAUGCUGAUAUGAUGGAUCAAAAGAUGGCUGAUUGGAACCAGGACACGCAAAUGCACCCCUUGGAUCCCGAUGAUAUCGAUGAUGUUGGUGUCGAACCAACUGCACCUAAUGUCGUCAUUGUUGAUCCGCCUGUUGAAAACAAUUUCGGAUCGUUUUUGCAUAAAAUUGAAUCGUAUGUGCCACCUAAGGACUACGUAGUGCUUUUGGAUAGUGAUGAGGAUGACUGUACUAGCAUUACAAAAUCCAAACCCACAGAAAAGAGGUACAGAAAAAACAGACUAAGAACUUCGAAAUUUAAAGUGCAUAAAAGUGUUACAAUCAGGGAUGAUGUACCUUUAAAGAACGACAAGAAAAAGAAGUUUGAUAUUUACAGUGGUUCAUUGGGUUUUGUGAUAGGUUCGCUUGGAACAUUGGGCAUUUUAACUGCGGUUGCUAAUAUGGUUGAGCCAUAA